ACACGAAGCAAAAUCGCGUUAAGAAUAAGUACUUUUCUGACAGUAUAAGUCGUCAGCAUAGAAAGCACGCACGCAGCUGAAUUCCAUUCACUUUCAAACAGAAAAACUUUUCAAACGCGAGAAUGGUGAAAAAACACGUCCCAGACCCUCCGAACCUGAAGAAAUACGGCGUUCCUUUAUACUCCGUUGCUUGGAUCCCACAAUCCAUUCUCAAAUCGCUCCAAAACGUAACCACCGAUGAUGAUCAUUCCUCCGACGACGCUGCCGAUCAUAAAUCUUCGCCGGAGACGGAAGCAGUUGACGCCGGAAAGUACCUCGUGUUUGCCGGUGGCGGUGGAGAUAGCCGCAGCGGUAUUCCUAAUUCUGUGUUGCUCGCGCAUUUUGAUGUUGUAUCGGAUUCUCUCUCUGAUCCACCGGUGUUUAAGCUAGGAACUAAUUCCGAGUUGCCUUAUAGAAUGGCACUUCACCCCAAUGGAGAAGGCAUUAUUUGUGCAAUGGAAAAGCCAAAGUGUUGCAGAUGGUUUGACUGGGAUCAAAACGAGGAUGCUGAAAUUCACAAGUUGGGUCUGAAGGUUUCAGAGAAGCUGCUCACCCAGUUGGAUAAUGUUGGACAACAAUUAGCAUUGGCAUUCAACAACGAUGGUACUACACUGGCUGCUGGUGGAGAGGAUGGCAGUCUAAGGGUUUUCAAGUGGCCUAGCAUGGAAAAUAUUCUCAACGAGUCCAAUGCUCAUUCUACUGUGAAGGACUUGCAUUUUAGUUCUGAUGGCAAGUUGAUUGUCUCUUUGGGAGGUGGCGGCCCCUGCAGGGUUUGGGAUGUUUCUUCAGCAAUCGUCUUAGCUACUCUAGCAAAUGAAAAUCGUGAAAAUUUUAGCUCUUGCAGAUUUUCUCAAACAAAUGAUGGGACUCAGGUCCUAUAUAUUGCUGCCAGAACAGAUAAAGGUUUCGGAAGCAUUGUGACCUGGAAUACACAAACAUGGGAAAGGAUUAGUUCAAAGCAUAUUUUGCGCGAUCCAAUAUGUGCAUUCAAUGUCUCAGCUGAUGGAAAGUUUCUGGCAUGCGGAACACCUGAAGGAGACAUUGUAAUUGUAAAUUCAACAAAUAUGCAGAUUCAGACAAUGAUAAAAAAGGCUCACCUUGGUGUAGUAACUGCUUUAGCAUUUUCCCCUGAUUCAAGGGCGUUGGCUUCUGUAUCCAUGGAUUCAAGUGCGAGGGUAACAAUAAUUGAAGAGAAGAAAAAUGGAGGAGGACUGAGCUUGUGGAUUGCAAUAUUUAUCUUCCUACUUGCAAUAGCUGCUUCCUUCCUGAAGGUUGAAGGAAUUGAAAAGUUAAAGCUUCAAUAUUACAAUCAAUUGUAGAAAUAUUUACUGCUGGUUAAACAUCUUUAUCAAUAUUACAGCUUACCUUUGAAGCAUUUCCAUUUUUGGGGGAAGUUUACUGAUAAUUUUUUCGUAUUUUCAUCAUUCUGAGUGGUUGUACCAUUGGAUAUGAUCUGUCUCUCCAAUGCUCUGUAGAUUGUUUAAUUAUGGUGUUAAAUUGUUGUGGAUAGCUACAUAUUUAUACGUGCUUGUUCAAUCAUAUGAGUAAAAUUGUUUGGGAUAUCAA